AAAACACCUUACUGCGAACAAAAAAAGAAGAUUUGUGAAAAGAAACAGAGGUUUCCGUCUACCUUCAACAAUGAAUUAGCCACUGAGUAUGGUGUUAAGAAGACAUGUAUAUCUGACGUUCUCAAGCAGUCUUCCAAGUGGUUAAACAUUGAUACAAGCAAUAAAGCUGAACCAAAGUGGCCCAAGUUGGAUGAAGCUAUGCGUAUCUGGGUUGAAAGUGCGCUUGCAGCAAAUAUGGAUCUAACACAAACUGCCCUUAUUAUCAAAGCCAAGGUUUUUGCUACAGCUUUAAACAUUCCUGAUUUUAAGGGUACCGGAUGGGUUAAUAAGUUUCAGAAGCGAUUGGGUCUUCAUCAGUACAAUAGAAAUGGUGAGGCUGCUAGUUCACCACCAAUAGAAACAUUAAAUAAUCACAGAGAAUGUUUUCAGAAAAUCUGUGAAGAAUAUACCUUGGAAAAUUGCUACUAUAAACAUAUUUUCGUGGAAAAUCGGCUUGCGGCAUUUGACAAAAUGAAAAUAGAAGGUUCUUCUGAAAUUGAGGAGUUUAGCAUUCUUGAUGCUAUUAAUGCUACUUCUGAAGCAUGGAACAAUGUUGUUGAAGAAACAAUUAUGAACUGUUGGCUGAAAACGGGUAUUCUUCCCCAAUACCAAGUAGCUGAAAGUGAUCGGGCAUGCCAACAAGUGAAUCAAAAAUUGAAAAGUGAGUUUGAUGAACUUGAUGAUUUGAUAAUCGAUUUGAUGAUGAAUGGUGAAAUCGAUGACCCUAUGAAUGCAAAUGAAUUUGUGGAGAUUGAUGCUGAUGUCGCUUUUGAGAUGCCAUCUGACAGUGAUAUAAUCUGUACUGUCAAUAAGGAUGACCGCCCCCCUCAAGAAGAAGUAUUACCAGUGCCUAGGGUUACAGACAAUGAGGCUUUGAAAGCUCUUGAUUUGGUUGAGACGUACCUUUUGCAAAAACCCAAGGAUUUGGUUGUAACUAAUAAAGAUAAAAGUACUAUUCAUUGGCUGAGAAAGGAG